UCCCGAAAUGCCUUGCGCUGCCAACGUAGCAAACCGAGCCCCGCAGUACCGGAGACCCACCAUCCAUUCCGCUGCGGUUCGGUUCUGAGCGGUGCGGUUCUGUAGAGGCCGGGCAGUGCUGACUAGGCUGUAGUGGACGGGUUUUAAUCAGUAACAGCGUUUUAAAUCAUUCGUUAUAUAAAUAAACAGCUGCCCGGUUAGCUUUAGCUGCUACUACUGAAAACCAGCCGGUUUCUCUCUCAGCGUUAGCAUUAGCAUCCUCAGAUACAGACAAGAUGGCGAGUCCCCGGACCAGACGAGUGCUGAAGGAAGUCAGGACUGAUGAUGGGAAUAAUGUGUGUUUUGAGUGCGGGGCGUUUAAUCCGCAGUGGGUCAGCGUGACCUAUGGUAUAUGGAUUUGUCUGGAAUGUUCUGGAAAACAUAGGGGCCUUGGGGUCCAUCUCAGCUUUGUGAGAUCAGUUUCGAUGGAUAAGUGGAAGGAUAUAGAGCUGGAGAAGAUGAAGGCGGGGGGGAAUGAGAAAUUCCGGCUAUUUCUGGAACUCCAGGAUGAUUAUGACCCCAACUGGACUUUACAGGAGAAAUAUAACAGCAAGGCUGCGGCUCUGUUUCGGGACAAGGUGGCUACUCUAGCAGAUGGAAAGGAAUGGUCCAUUGAGAAUUCUUCUGCUAAAAAUUGGACUCCUCCCCAACCCAAAACCGGACUCUCUGCCUCUCACAGGAGCAGUGCUGGUGCAGCGCAGCAUUCAUCACACUCUGAUAAGGCCUUUGAAGACUGGCUGACUGAUGACGUCAACUCCUACCAGAGUGGUGGAAGUGGCCAGGAGAACCGUUAUGUUGGCUUUGGUAACACCCCCAAUCUUCCAAAGAAGGAAGAUGAUUUUAUUAAUAACGCCAUGUCUUCCCUUUACACGGGCUGGAGCAGUUUCACUGUGGGCGCGAGCAAGUUUGCUGCUGUUGCGAAAGAUAAUACGGCAAAACUUGCCAACCAGGCUUCCAUGAAGGCUGCUGAGUUAGGCCAGACUUUAAAUGAGAAUGUAAUCAGACCCACUCAGGAGAAGGUAAAGGAUGGAAAGUUGUUUGAUGAGAUGACAGUCGGCAUCACCGGGCUCGCCGCCAAGGUUCAGGGAGCUGGAGCUAAAGGCUGGAAGGAUAUGAGCUCAUUCUUUGCAGGAAAACCAGAUUCUGCUGAUGGAUCCACAGGUGGGGAGGGCUAUCAGAACAUGGAUCCCUCCAGCGGAUACCAGAACAGUGAGGGGGCGAACCAGGACUUCUGGGAGACCUUCGGCAGCAACUCCAAGCCCAAGAAGUCGCCGAGCAGCGACAGCUGGACCAUCGCCGACCAGUCCGCCGGGGAGAAGAAGAGCUCGGACAGCUGGGACAACUGGGGCUCCGAGGCACCGUCCAACAACAAGCACAGCACUGGGGACAGCUGGGAGGCCUGGGACAACAACUGGGAGAGCGCCGGCGAGAGCAAGGGCAAGAAGAGCGCCGCGAAGGAGGAGGAGUCGUGGGGCGGGGCCGACUGGUAGACCCUCCCUUUGCUCUGGACUGUCGUAACGACCCAUAGUCGAACUGAUUACAGCCGGUUCCCCGCGGUUCUGGAAGCGGGGGCGGUCCGGUUCUAUGUGCUGUUGUCAGGUGUGUUUCUGAGUAACUCUGUUUGGUUUGAAUUCUGUUGCCAAUGUGAACGCUUCCUCCGUACACCUCGUCUGUCCUACGGUGUCCCCGCGGUGUCGCGCUGUGUCCCCACGGUGUCGCGCUGUGUUCCUACUGAGAUCGUGAUUGAUGAUGUUCUUGAUUUCCAAACUUUUUGCACGUUAAACUUUCAGACUGUAGGUGUUCUGCUGAGCGACACUCCUAUCAUAACUGAGAUGAAAACGACGUCACAGCAGCAGGAGCGCCACCCUUCCCCUGAUGAUGGCCUAAAUGUAUUUGUUUUUCAUAUUGAACUCAGUGUUUUUAUCAUUUUGUCAUUAUUUAUCUUUUAGAUCUGCAUUAAAUUGAGAUUUGAGGUGGUGUAAAGUGGGACGAUGGAGUCAGAAGUCUCACUAGCCCCUAAAACCAGGACAUUCAACACUAUAUGAGUUAGUUUAACGGUCCAGCAUGAUGCAAUGAGUAAUCUGAAAGAAAAUCUAAAGCGUGCAUGAGCGUAAAAUGUAUUUUUUUUGCAGUUUUGCCAGACCUGUUUAUAGAUCUGUUAAUAGUUCCCAUCAGUUCUGCAGUAGUAAAGUCACCUCUCAGUAUUUGAUAUUGCCGUGAUAUCAUAAAUAUAGAAAUUGAAAUAAAUUUGAAGUUAUUAUUAUAGUUAAAGACACAUCAUGAAUAUGUGAUUUUUUUUAAAAAUUUAUAAGCACCAGCAGUGCCACUUUUAGAAACAGAAAUCAUGACCGAAUGCAGUUGAACAGGACUAAUUAAACUAAUCACUAUAGAUUUAGGCAAAGGAAUAGUGUGUGUGGUGAUUGUUUGGUCUUGACCGAGAUCACCUCUUUUGGGUCUGGAUCUAUUGAAACAUGGUCCGGUUUGUUUGCAGUGUGAAAACACUUAUUUUAUUAAAUGGGUUUGGAUUUUCAGACCAGCUAACAGGGAGUUAAGGCAAGCUUUUAUCCCCCAUUUAGCAAUAGAAGAAGAAAAAUAAGUGGUGCACAAUAUUUGAAAAAUUUGGUAUUGCAAUGUUUUUUUAUUCGAUGAAUAUAUAUAUAUAUAUAUUGUGAUAUUAAACAAUGCAGGGCCUGUGAUAUCAACAGCCCUGCCCCCACCUGCAUACUUUCUCGCGUCAGAGAUCCGGACCUACCAAGAGCUGAGUCAGCCGAUCACUCAAAACCUGUAGAAAACUGCAAAACGGCUAUUAUUGUCCCAUUUAUCUGGCAUUGAAGUGGUCUUUUAAAAAGCGUUUUUCUGGGAUUAAAAAUGUAAUUUCUGCUGUAACUAGAUACAGGCCGUCAGCCGGUGAAUUUACAAGCACAUGCCCAGCCAUGUGGAGGCCAUGCGGUAACCUUGUGUUUACGCCCACGCCCCUUCCCACUCAUGCUUCUCAGGCAGCAGCAGCCUGUCACUCACACAGAGACAGCGCUGUUCACUCUACUUCUUGUGUCAAGAAUUAAAACAUUGCAACAUGACGUGUUUGAUUUAAUUGCAUUAGAAGACAUUGCACAUGGAGAUGACAAUGCUAAAACGACAUAUCGUGCAGCCCUACGGUGUUGUGCUGAAUCCUGACUUCUCUUGGUGUGCAGACACUUCAUACUGCAGUAUGAGUACAACAGAUUAUGCUAUUAUUCCUGUAUCUACUGUAACUGUAGAUUAACCCUUCUUUAUAAACAGAAUAAAAUAAGUCUAAGGAAAGUCUGUUACGCUCAUUCUGCUGCAGGACAUGCCUGGCACAACACCUGGAAAGCAAAAUGGCAUCCAUUCUUAUGCAGAACAGCCAAUCAGAUCUCUUCAGUUUGCUUUCUAAGAAAAGAGAUGCUUCUUCAAGGGUUUAUUUGGUCAAACCAUUUGACCGACUAAAUGGUUCUAUACCUGCUCACCUGCUUCUUUACACUCAGAGAGAAGAUAAACAGUAAAGCCCGUUUUACUUAUAUAAAGAACCAUUUUUUAAAAAGUUAUUUAGACUGACAUAGAUGUAUGUGAAGAAGCAUUUGAAUGCAUGAAUGUUCCUUUGCCUGUUUAAAGGGUUCUUCAUAUAUACACUGGUUUAAAGGUCAUUGAGUUCAGUGUAUGUAUAUUCAGUAUAUGUAAAGCUGCAGUCUGCCUGCUGUUAAACAUGGGGUUGGAUGUUCUCUCAGUGCCCUCAGUCGUGUUUCAAACCUAUCCUCUUUCAGGCCUUAAAGACACUUUUUAUUUAUAUGUUUUGUUUUGUCUUUUAUCUUGAAUGAACAGUUUAGCAACAUCUAGCCCAGUCACGAUAACUCCUAUUUUAUAUUAUAUUUUUUUUGUUCGGACGAUAUUUUGUCCCAGAAAGUAUUGCGAUAAACAAUACUAUUGUCAUAUUAGAGCCCUUUUAAGCAAAUGAUAGAACGAUAAUAUAGUAGCAUAGUGGUGCAGUGUUACAAUUGUUCAGCUGUUGGAACUGGAAUAUAGAAUUUUUUUUAUAUAUCAUAAAUAAAUAAAGUUGGCGAUAUCAAGGUAAGCAAGAUUAUUGAGAUUAUGUUCAUAUAUUUUACGAUUAUAAAUUGAUAAUUUAAUUAUCAUGACAGGCCUGGCUGCACAAGUUAGUUAGUUUCUUUGUUGAUUAAUCAAGACAGGUUUGGUAUGUUGAAAAGUUCUCACAGAGAUGAGAUUGAUGACAUUGUUAGCAUAGCAUCUACAUUUUUAAACUGAAGAAGCACUCGCCAGACACUGAACAUGAUUUGACUGAUUGACUGAACUUGAGGUCAUGAUACUUGCAUGAUACUGAUACUUGCACCAAACUUCUAAGCUUCCUAUAAGCCUCACUAUAGGGUACUUGGUGAGUUUCGAAUAAAAGUUUUUUUUUUUUUUUUUU